AUGAUGGAAGAAGAAGAAAAAGAAAUCGACAAGAACCUGUUUGCACCAAUACACCGAGUGUCAAGUCAGGAUGAUUUUCUCCAGCAGAAAAUAGCCACCGUGAUGGGCGACUACGUCGAAUCUCAAUCGUUUAUCUCCGACCUUAUUUAUGUAUCACAUCAAGAUCGUGAGUUUCUACUGCCCUUCUUUCCGCCUCGUAGACUCGACUUAUCUUACCACGGGAUUGGGGCAAGGCCUCGAGCCUAUCAGCCUAAUGUCAAAGUGUCUCCUCUACAAGCUUUGCAGCCUUCUUCCAAGUCAACGACUAAAACUUCUCAAGGUUCGCCACAAGACAAAGUAACUGGCGCCAACGUCAACAUACAUGAAAAGAAACAAAAUCGCGAAGACUGUUGUUCGACAGGGUGGCAGCCCAAAGCUCCUCCUCCUCCUCCUCCACCAGUGCCUGGCGCUAUCCAAAGCUCUUCGGGUGGAUCCGACAUUUUCUCAAAGCCAGAAAAUCAACCCGCGGAAAAGGAGGCAAACGUGAAAAGCGAUGAAAAUAUCAAAUCAAAACAGACCGAAGACCCGUCUUUCUUGCUGAAUGAAAUCGACAGACAUAAAAUUAUUGACUUUGACGCCAUGAUUAAAGAAAUGACGCUACCUCCGUUGAUAUCGCCAAUCAGUUCUCCGAAAGCCAGGAUGAGUGUCGAAACGUCUGUCUUUGUGCUUACCUGUCUGUCCCUCUGUCUUUGUGCUUACCUGUCUGUCCCUCUGUCUUUGUGCUUACCUGUCUGUCCCUCUGUCCGUCUAUCUUUAUGUCCGUCCGUCUGUCUUACUAUCUUUCUGCCUAUCCGUUUCUCUUUGUGUCUGCCUGUCCGUCAUCCUGUCUGGCUGUCCUUGUGUCUACCUGUCCUUGUGUCUACCUGUCUGUCCGCCUGUCCUUCUGUCUGCCUGUCUGUUCAUCAGGCCGUCCGGCUGUCUUUGUGCCUGCCUGUCCGUCAUCCCGUCUGUCUGUCUUUGUGUCUACCUGUCUAUCAGGAACUUCUGACUGUCUUUGUGUCUGCCUGUCUGUCAGGCCUUUGGGCUGUCUUUGUGUCUGCCAGUUUUUCCGCCUGUCUUUCUGUCUGCCUGUCCGUUCGUCUGACUUUGUGUCUGCCUGUCCGUCAGCCCGUCCUCCGUCGUCUGACUUUGUAUCUGCCAGUCCCUCAGCCCAUCUGCUUGUCUUUCUGUUUGCUUGUUCGUCCGACUUUCCUUGUGUCUGUCCAUUCAUGUGUGUUUGUGUCUGCCUGUCCAUCCGCCUUUCCUUCUGCCUGUGUGUUCGUCUGUCUUUGUGUCUGUCUGUUUGUUAGCCCGUCUGCCUGUCUUUCCUGUCCGCCUCUCUGGCUGUCCGUCCGCCUGUCAUUCUGUCUGUCUGCCUGUCCAUCCGCCUUUCCUUCUGUCUGCCUGUCCGUUCGUCUGUCUUUAUGCCCACCUGUUUGUCAGCCCGUCUGCCUCUCUUUGUGUCAUCCUGUCCAUUCGUGUGUCUUUGUGUAUUCCCGUUCGUCCGCCUGUCCUUCUGUCUGCCUGUCCGUUCGGCCCCCGUCUGCCUGUCCUAGUGUGUACCUGACGUCCGCCUGUCCUUUUGUUGGCCUGUCAGUUCGUCUCUCUUCGUGUCUGUCUUUCAGCUCAUCUGCCUUUGUGUCUGCCUGUCCGUCUGCCUGCCCGUCAUCCCGUCUGCUUGUCCUUGUGUCUGCCUGUCCAUCCGCCUUUCCUUUUGUGUGCCUGUCCGUUCGUCUGUCUUUGUGUCUACCUAUCUGUCAGUCUGUCAGCCUGUCCUUUUGUGUGCCUGUCCGUUCGUCUGUCUUUGUGUCUACCUAUCUGUCAGUCUGUCAGCCUGUCCUUUUGUGUGCCUGUCCGUUCGUCUGUCUUUGUGUCUACCUAUCUGUCAGUCUGUCAGCCUGUCCUUUUGUGUGCCGGUCCAUUCGUCUGUCUUUGUGUCUGCAUGUCCGUCAGUUUGUCUGCCGAUCUUUGUGCCUGCAUGUCCGUCAGCCCGUCUGGCUGUCUUGGUGUUUGCCUGUCUAUAAUCCCAUCUGCCUCUCCUUCUGUCUGCCUCUCCGCCCGUCUGUCCUUCUGUCCUUCUCUCUGCCUGUCCGUCUGUCUGUCUUUCUGUCUGCCUGCCUGUCCAUCCGCCUGUCAUGUCUGCCUGCCUGUCCGUCCUCCUGUCUUUAUGUCUGUCUGUCCGUCCUCCUGUCUUUAUGUCUGCCUGUCUGUCAGUCCGUCUACCUGUCUUUGUGUCAGCUUGUCCGUCAGUCCGUCUGCCUGUCCGUUAGCCUGUCUGCCUGUCCGUCCGUCUGUCUUUGCGUCUACCUGUUUGUCAGUUCAUCUGCCUGCUUUUGUGUCUGCCUGUCUGUCAGCCCGUCUACCUUUCUUCAUGUCUGCCUGGCCGUCAGCCCAAAAACCUUUCUUCGUGUCUGCCUGUCCUUCUGUCUGUCUGUCCAUCCGUCUGUCUUUGUGUCUGCCUGUCUCAAACAUUAUCUAUCUACGUCUUUCUUUUACUUUUUAUUUUUUUCUCCCUCGCUGUCUGCUGCUUACUGUUGGGUAGCAGUAGUAAUAGUGGCGAUGGUUCAAAGCAGAGAUGGGCUAAAUGAAUUUCUAUCUAUCUAUCUAUCUAUCUAUCUAUCUAUCUAUCUAUCUAUCUCCCCGUAA